UAUAAUAAUGUCAUAUUUAAUGUUAACAUCAAGUCAUAACCCGAUUUGAAUCUUAGGUGUGAUAUAUUGUGGACAGGAAGAGGAAGAGGCGGCCGUCGAUAUUAUAGUCACACGUUAUGAGCGAUACGGCAAUGGAGUCGAAGCACCGGAAAAGUUGGAAAUCAUUAAAGAGAAGUGCAAUGAAUUGGGCAAUUCUGAUGGCACGGGAAGACUUUUCUGGGAUAUAGUAACCGGCUUGAAAUGGGCAGGGUACCUCAAACCAAAAAUCCGGGAAGUGAUUCUAGAAAGUCCCAAUAUUCAAUUCUAUGCCAAAGUUAAUCUGUUCUGCAAACUGCCCGAGGACAAAAUGCUGAAAUACACUCCGAUUAUAAACGCUAAACUGGUCGAGACUAAAAAACUACGCGACCGUUUCCUUGGAUACUUAGAAGAUGCUACGAAGCAUUCGAGAAUUAACAUGGGCGAAAUAAUAUGCGUUGGCCGUGACUACUGGACUAAAGUGAUUGAUAUGCACGACGACAUCGAUGGGUUCAGGGAGUUUUCCCACAAACGAAUCGAACUCUAUCCGUCACUUUUGAACCGAACUGAACACGUGUUGGGAGUAAAGGUGGACACAAAGUGUGAGAUGAAAGAGUCCUACCCGACUGCUACAUAUAAAUCGUUUACCGUGUUAUUGGCUAAAUUACUUGAAAAGUAUUUAGAGUCAGCCCUUUAA